AGAAGACGUGUUGGCUACCGAGUCGCCGCUCAUGGUGUCAUGAUCCCAUACUCGCAAUGCAUCGAACACCUCUCCAAGUACUGCACCUCCGUCGCCAAAUGUAAGCAAGCCCACGCCUUCCUCCUCCGCACCGCCCUCCUCGACGACCCACGAUGCGCCAGCAAGCUCAUCUCCUUCCUUGCCGUCUCCCCCUCCGGCGAUCUCGGCUACGCCCGCAGGGUUUUCGCCCAGCUGCGGCGCCCUCCCGACCUCUUCCUAUGGAACGCAAUGAUCCGCGGCCAUGCCCGUGGCCCCGAUCCGCCCGCCGGCCUCUCCUUCUUCCGCCUUAUGCUCCGCGCCGGCGUCGCGCCAGAUCACCAUACGUACCCCUUCGUGCUCACGGCCUGCGCCCGCUCGCGCGCGCUCGAGCACGGGAUGAGGUUCCACGGGGAGACCAUCAAGGCUGGGCUCGACACUGACGUCUACGUGCUCAACGCAUUGCUUCAGUUGUACACCUAUUGCGGCUGCUUCGGAGCCGCUCACCAGUUGUUCGACGGAAACCCUCAUAGAGAUGUCGUGUCAUGGAACAUCAUUAUGAGAGGUUACGUCCUCGAAGGCUUUUCCGAGCGGGCACUGCAUCUGUUAGAGGGGAUGAAAGACAUGGGCAUCAAACCAGAUGAUGUCACGUUGAUAAGUCUGGUGUCGGCUUGCUCUGGAUCUGGUGAUUUGGAUCGAGGGCGAUCGCUCCAUUCGUAUGCCAGUGAGCUCGGUCUGGUGACGAAGAGCCUCAAUUUGGGGAACGCCAUCCUGGACAUGUAUUGCAAGUGCGGAGACUUGGAGUCGGCACAGAGUUUCUUCGAUGAGAUGGAGGAGAGAGAUCUGUUGACAUGGACAACCAUGGUAUCCGGUCUGGCAAAAUGGGGCUCGUUUCAGGAGGCAUUGGCGUUGUUUCGAAGCAUGCAGCGCAACGAGGUAAGGCCGGACGAGGUGAUACUUGUGACGAUGCUGUCUGUCUGUGCUCAUAUGGGAGCUCUGGACCAAGGCAAAUACAUUCACCUCUUGAUGGACCGGCAGGGAGUCAACCGUGAUGUUGUGAUCGAAACUGCUCUGGUGGACAUGUAUGCAAAAUGUGGGGGUCUAGAAUUUGCUCUGCAGGUCUUCGAGGAGAUGAGGGACAGGAAUGUCUUCACUUGGAAUGCAGUCAUCGGCGGACUAGCGAUGCAUGGACAUGGUCGACGUGCACUGGAGCUUUUCGGGAGGAUGAACAAGGAGAGGAUCGUGCCCGACGACGUCACCUUCAUAGGACUACUAUCCGCAUGCAGCCAUGCAGGAUUGGUGGACGAGGGCCUUAAAUAUUUCAGGAUGAUGGAGGAGGUAUACCAGAUCAGGCCACGGAUGGAGCACUAUGGGUGUGUGGUGGAUACGCUCUGUAGGGCGAGACUGCUGCAAGACGCUUUGGCAUUCAUAGAGAGCAUGCCCAUCAGACCAAAUGUGGUUAUGUGGGCAGGUCUCAUUGGUGCUUGUAGGGCUGCCGGGGAUAUCGAGCUUGCAGAGAGGCUCGGUCAACGCGUCAUCGAGUUGGAGCCUGACAUCUGUGAUCGAUACGUGAUGCUAUCCAAUCUUUAUGCGGGUGCUCGAAGGUGGGACGAGGCCUUGGAGGUCAGGCAGCUGAUGAGAGCCAAAGGAAUCGAGAAAGCUCCGGGAAUAAGUUGGAUCGAGUUGAAUGGGACAGUUCAAGAAUUCGUCGUCGGCGAUAGAUCUCACCAUCAAACAGAGCAAAUCUACAUGAUGGUGGAAGAGAUGUGGCACAGGGUUAAGGCAGCAGGCCAUGUCACAAGCACUACGGAUGUACUCUUUAACAUAGAAGAGGAAGAGAAAGAGCACUCUCUGUUCUUCCACAGUGAGAAGAUGGCUGUCGCAUUUGGUUUGAUGAGCAGUGCUCCUGGCUCGCCGAUUCGAAUCACGAAGAAUCUUCGUGUGUGCGGCGAUUGCCAUUCUUUCCUAAAGGCUGUUUCCGAGGUUUUUGGUAGAGAGAUCAUUGCAAGGGAUCGGAGUCGAUUUCACCAUUUCAGAGGAGGCCUUUGCUCAUGCAAUGACUUCUGGUAGCUGCAACGACAAUGGCCAAUCUAAUAUACUGCAGUAACCUGUAAAACUAUGAGAUAUCACGAUUAUUUCCUGUUCAUGUACAGGUUGUCGAUCGGAUUUAAGAUCAAUUUGUUGGUGAUAGA